AUGAUCCCACUUCUUGCUUCUGUUGUUCUUGUCUACCUUGCUACAGUUCGCUACCUUAGGUACCGGCGUCUGCAUGCUGUGCAAGCCAGGAUCCGUGCCAGCGCUAAGGAACCUAGUCCUUCUGAAGCUCAGUCUGCUUUACAGGGAACGGCCUUGCUUAUCUCCACUUUCAUCUCUUGUCCCUUGGAGCAUUCGCCAACGACAGCGGAAUCAACACCGUGUCUCGGGCCGAGGGGCAAUAUUGCGCUUGCCCGAGUGAAUUGGCUGCAUAGACGCUACAAUAUCUCAAAUGAUGAUGUGUUGUAUACGCUGGCUCUCUUUAUUUUGGAGCCCAUGUGGCGUCCGUACAGCCCGGAGGAAGCAAACGAUGUCGGUCGGCACAUGAACAUCAAAGAGAUCCCUGAGACUCUCGGUGAAUUAGAAGAAUGGAGCAGAGUAAAUCUGUUGCGUCUUUAA